CACCUAGCCCAAAGGGAACCUACCCACUUGCUUGAGCUACAGAUACAAGCCGAGGUUGCGAUGCAUCUCCUCUCCUCGCCGCCGGUUCUUCUGGGGCUCGCCCAGCUGCAAGCAUGCCUCUACUGGAGCUGCCUGUUGUGGCUGCCGGCCGGCGGGCAGCCGCAGAGAAACCCACCACCACCCCCUCCCGCCGUGUGGAGGCAAAGGAUUCAGUGGGAGAACAACGGGCAGGUGUACAGCCUCCUCAGCCUGGGCUCCCAGUACCAACCGCCGUGGCGCAGGCACAGCCAGGGGACCGCGCAAGGCGGCCACGUGUUGCUCCUCAGGGGCAACAGCACGGCUCCGCGCAGAGCGGCGCAAGCGGCUUCCGCCGGCGAAGGCGCCACCACCAGCACGACCAGGAGGCCGGAGGCGCGGCACUGGUUUCAAGCUGGCUACCAGCAUUCAGCGGGCAAUAAUGGCGGCGGAAGGGGCCACAGGACUCAACACGACGGAAGCUCUCAAAGGGAGCCCCAGGUGCGUCGUCUUGAGAGCUCCCCCUCCAGGGCGGGCAAUGGGAGCAGCCCACCCCCGCUAAGCAACCUUCGGCCUCCGCGCCGGGAAGAUGGCAUGGUGGGCGACGACCCUUACAAUCCCUACAAGUACACGGACGACAACCCCUAUUACAACUACUAUGACACCUAUGAACGGCCCCGACAGAACGGCCGCUACCGACCGGGCUACGGCACCGGCUAUUUUCAGUACGGUCUUCCUGACUUAGUACCGGAUCCUUAUUACAUCCAAGCAUCUACUUAUGUCCAGAGGACAUCCAUGUACAACCUAAGGUGUGCUGCUGAAGAGAAUUGUCUAGCAAGUUCAGCUUAUAGAUCAGAUGUCAGAGACUAUGAUAACAGAGUGCUUCUCAGAUUCCCUCAGAGAGUGAAAAAUCAAGGCACAUCAGAUUUCUUACCAAGCCGACCACGAUACUCUUGGGAGUGGCACAGCUGUCAUCAGCAUUACCACAGUAUGGAUGAGUUCAGCCAUUAUGACUUGCUUGAAGCAAGCUCGCAUAGAAGAGUAGCUGAAGGACACAAAGCAAGUUUUUGUCUUGAAGAUACUUCUUGUGAUUAUGGAUACUAUAGACGAUACGCAUGUACAGCACAUACACAGGGAUUGAGUCCUGGCUGUUAUGACACCUACAAUGCUGACAUAGACUGCCAAUGGAUUGAUAUUACAGAUGUAAAGCCUGGAAAUUACAUAUUGAAGGUUAGUGUAAACCCUAGCUAUUUGGUACCAGAAUCGGACUAUUCCAACAAUAUAGUACGUUGUGAUAUCCGUUAUACUGGCCACCAUGCUUAUGCCUCUGGCUGCACAAUUUCACCAUACUAAGAUGAAAGAAAAUGUAUACACCAUUGCUGGAGAUGAAGUUAUUUCAUAAACUGAAAUAGGAUGUAAAAACUUUUGAAAACUGAAGAAAAAUGACCAGAUAUAUGCAAAGAAUUUUAAUGCAACUUUAAUGCAUUAAGACCUGCUUGAAAAUGAAUUUUUGCUUUGUUCAUGCAUUUGUUCAUGCAAAGUGUGAACUGGUGCUUUAUACAUGUUUUCAAAUUCUAUAAGAAAGUUGUUCACAGAAAUACCUUCUUUAGACUACUGGAAAUCUGUGAAUGAACUUACAAAACAAUUUAUAGGGUGCUCAGGUAGGCUGGGAUACCAUAAGCAUGUUUGUGCAUGCUCAGGCAAAUCAUAUAAUUUGAUUUAAAAGACACCUCUCCUCCACAACAAUGCCAUAUCACAAAAUUUUGUUUGAUAUUGCCCCUCCAACAAGUGCUACAUCACGAAAUCAUUUGAUAUUGCCCUCCGUUUUACCAAGGAACAGGAGAGCUGGGGAUCUUAUUGACUGAAGCUUCUUGGGAAUUGUGGAACUAGUUUCAUAGUUCUUUGGAUCAGAUAUAAUACUGAAAAAGCAGAAGGAAAGCUUCCAUCUUUGCAAAACUAGCUUUAUGCAUUUUCCACCAAAGCCAGAAAGGCAUUGUUCACUUUUCAAGAACUCUUAAUAUUUAAUGGAGCAAUGCCAAUGCACUAGUAAGUUACACCUUUGCAUAUGAAACAUGUUUACAUUUUAAAUGUAUUAGCAAGUGAACCAUAUUUGUAAGCCAAAAGCAUACUGAGAUUUUGACAUGAACCACUUGCUUCUGAAAGAUAGUUUAGAACACUAAGCAGUCAUUUCCCAAUUCAGGUAGUUGUAUUUGCACAUUUUUUUUCUUCCUUGGUUUCUGUUGACAGGAAGCUCUUGAAAUAGGUGUCCUGAAACUACUUCACAGGAAUAGGUAACCUACACCAGUGUUUCCCAACCUGUGGGUUUUCAGCUCAAGGAAGUUGUGAAGCCUAUGAAGUGGGCCCUGGGUUUUUGCCAUUUUAGUCAUUUGUGCAUGCUCUUGUUUAAAAAGCAGGUCACCAUACCAAAAAAAUUGGGAACCAAUGACAUAAUUUAAAAUGAUGUAUAAAAGUCAACAGUAAGACAUUCAGGUGGCAUUUUAAAAAAGCCUUUGAAAAUACAGAUUUAGUGGAGGAAGAAGUGGGAUAAUGUAGAUUUCCCAUGAACCUGGAAAAUACUGUACAUUGAAUUAAGAUUUCAGAAAAAGUGAAGCUUUAGAAGUGUUUCAUGAAACAGUAUCCAUUGAGUAGGCGAUCUAUAACUGCCAUGAAUUCAUUGGUGAUUCAAGAGCCAGUCUUGAAAUAUUUAGAACUGAAAUUUACAACUCUCAAAUAACCCAGUGGCUGCUAUUGGUAGGUGAUUUAUUCUCACGGUGGAAAAAAAAAAUAACAGUGAGGAUUUUUAUUUAAAACUGUGAAAUAACUCUUUAGAGGGAGCCUACCCCUACAAGGCUUAGGUUGUAAAGAAAUGGGCCCUGAAUGCACUCAUUAUUGACUAUGCUUGGGUAGCUGCCUGACUUUUAAUUUGGGCUGUAUUUUGACUACAUUCCAUAUUGUGCAAUAGAUAAUAAAUGGUGCACUUAGUUUGGCGGUUACAAGUGGUUUAUAACAAUGCAAAUUUUUGGCUUGAAUACUCUGUGUCUUAAGAGAGCAAUCCUAACCAUGUCAGUUCUGAAUUCUACUAUAGUUUAUUCAAUAAGGCUUACUCCCAGCAAAGUGUCCUUAGGAUUGUGCUGUCUAUAUGCUUGAUGCUAUCUAAUUCAUUUAGAGAAUUCAAAUAAAAUUUUUCUUUAUGAAAGGCACCACAAUAUGCUCUUAAAACUUUCAGAACAGUCUAACAUUUCUUCCUUUCCGUUAACCAAUGACAGGGCCCUCCACCUGUCUCUUUAAUGGCUAUGGACACCAGUCCUGACCACCAUAUUUUCUUUUAAUAGAGUGCAUUCACAUAUACUGAGUGGCCUUUCAUAUGUGAACUACAAGUAACCACAUACUAUCUGGCUUGUUUAGUUGCAGGCCACUUUAAAAAAUGUGGCUGAUAUCAGGUAGCCAGUGACUACUGAGAGCACAGGAAUAAUGAUGACCUUAAACUUUUAAUCAACUGCUACACAGGAUCACCAUGCAAAUUUCUCAUUCUAGGAUAUUUCCAAUACAAAAAUAGUAUUUUCAUUUGUCAAAGGCAGGGUUUAUGCUGAUACUUGCAAUGUGAACAGGAAUCAUAUGUUACAGUUGGACUUUGGCAUUAGCUAAGGUUAGUCUAACAGUAAUUAAUGCUGAUUAAUUGUAAUUUGGAGAUUCUAUUAUGGAUCUUGGGGCAUAUGAGAAAUUACCAGUGACAUAUCAAACAUUGUUGAGGUGACAGGCAUUUUCUUAACUAUUCUUGGAUGCUCCUUAAUUUUUAGUACAGAAAGCAUUAUUACUUCAAGCAUUUCAUGAACCAUGAUAAUUUGUAAGGAAUUUCUAUUAAAUAACAGGUACAUGAACAUUUUUCAGUCAGGUUUUUUGUACAUUCUUUUGGACAGAAGAAACCUGAAGAAUACUCAAUUCAUUGGAAGUGAUCUAUCCUGUGCCUUGCAAGAUAACAAAUAUAUUGUUUUCACAUUCCAGAUAUCUGAAGGUGCUUACAUACUUUAACUUGAACUGAAAUAAAAUAACUUGCUGUCAGGAAAACUAUAAACAACAAAUGGUAGAAGUUCAAUGAAAUGCCACUUAAUAUUAUUGAAGGAAUUUUCAAUAUUUACUUAAGUUUUUUUUAAAAAUCUAACUCUAAAACUUAUGCAUCUUUCUCUGAAAAAUUAUUUAUAAUUAUUCAUACACUAGCUUUGUAUUCAUUGCAUUUCCAUAUUCUUGUGCUACAUUCUUGUAUCAUGGUUGAAAAUUUGUGAAGAUGACCUUAAUAAAAUGUUUCAAAUGCU